AGAUCCAGAAGAAUCUGAAGCUUUGUUAAAACUGCCUGUCUGACUGAUGGUGAUCCUCCCAUCCAUCCAGACUCGAGCCAAUCCCAGAACUUCCUCAGCUCUCCGUGUUUUCCAGUCCUCCUCGGUCUCGCCCCACUCAGGCGCUGACAGCCACAGAGUCCGCUCAUCAAGCCCACUUUGUCCUGGUUCGGGUCUCCAUGCAAGACUGCUGAAAGCCAAGUUCCGACUCUCAGAUUUUCCUCAUCCCGCGAGGCGAAACAAGGAACCGAACCGAGCCGCAGCAUCCUUCACAACAAGUGAAAACAAAAGAAGCUGAAAGUAUCUUUUUUCUCUCUCAGAACCGUCCCAGUCUCGCUGCGCCCUGCACCACAAUGUCUGGAGAAGACGCACCUGCCCAGCAGCAGAACGCUGUGGACCAGAAGCAGGAGACCAAGCCCGCCGAGGAGCCCAAAACCGAGCCGCCCAAGACGGAGCCGGAGCCCGCCGGCGCCGCCGAGGCAGCGGCCGCCCCGGCGGCUGCGUCCGCCGACAAGGCCCCCGAGGAGGAGACGUUCAGCUACCGCGCCCUGGUGCUCACCGGCUACGGAGGCUACGAUAAAGUCAAGCUGCAGGUGAAGAAGGGCAAGCCCGCGCUGAAAGCCGGAGAGGUUCUGGUCCGGGUCAAAGUCUGCGGGCUCAACUUCGCGGACCUGAUGGCCAGACAGGGGCUCUACGACCAGCUGCCGUCCCCGCCGGUCACCCCGGGGAUGGAGUGCUCCGGGGUGGUGGAGGCUGUGGGGGAGGAAGUGACUGACAGAAAAGUGGGCGAUAAGGUGAUGGCGCUGAGCCGCUUCGGGAUGUGGCAGGAGGUGGCCGUGGUCCCAGCCAGCCACACCUUCCUCAUCCCAGAGGGGAUGAGCUUUGAGGAGGCAGCAGCUUUCCCCGUCAACUACAUCACCGCCUACAUGAUGCUGUUUGACUUCGGCAACCUCCGGCCCAACCAGAGCGUCCUGGUCCACGCCGCCGCAGGUGGUGUGGGCAUCGCAGCCACUCAGCUGUGCAAGAUGGUGAAGGACGUGACUGUGUUCGGCACCGCGUCCGCCAGCAAACACGAGACCAUCAGCGAGGGUGGAGUCACGCAUACCAUCGACUAUCGCACCAAGGACUACGUGGAGGAAGUCCGCAAGAUCAGUCCGAAAGGGCUGGACAUCAUACUGGACCCUCUGGGAGGAUCKGACACCCACAAGGCCUACAAUCUGCUGAAGCCUAUGGGAAAACUCGUCACCUAUGGUGCAGCAAACAUGCUGGCAGGUCAGAGGAAGAACCUCAUCGCCGUGGCUAAGAACUGGUACCACCAGUUCUCUAUCCACACACUCAGCCUGAUCCAGGGGAACAAGUCGGUCUGCGGCUUUCACCUGGGCUACCUGGACGGGGAGACGGAGCUCAUCGCUCAGACCAUGGCGACCCUGCUGGAUUUGUACAAGGAGGGCAAAAUCAAACCCCGCAUCGACUCCACGUGGCAUUUCGAGCAG